AUGCAAUCGCCGUUGGACAAAGACGAGUACUUUCUCUGCCACUUGGCUACGGGCGACAUCUUGCACGCCGCUGUGGCUGCUGGCACCGACAUAGGCAAAAAGGUCAAAGCCGCGAUGGAGUUGGGCGCACUUGUGACAAACGAGAUUGUCGUCGGUAUCGUUAAGGAUACCAUCAUGAGUUCGGGUUGCCGUUGUGGCUUUUUUCUUGACGACUUUCCACGAGCGGUCGUGCGGGCCAAAAAGCUCGACGAGAUGUUGAUGAAGGAAACACCUCGGUGGAUGCUGUGGUGA